AUGCCUGCCAUUAUUCCUUCUACUGGUCUCCCAGAUCCCAUUCUCCAACCUGAUCCUCCGUUGACAUCCUCAAACACUCCUCCUGUUUUCGAUCCCGAAAAAGUCACAGUGGUAUACAUACUUGGAGGCCCAGGGUCAGGAAAAGGGACACAAUCCGCCCAUCUAGUCCAAGAUUAUGGCUUUGUCCAUCUCAGCGCGGGCGAUCUGCUGCGCGCAGAGCAGGAUCGGAGUGGUAGCCAGUAUGGCCAGUUGAUCAAAGACUAUAUCAAGAAUGGUCAAAUCGUACCAUUGGAAGUCACAGUGAAGCUUUUGGAGAAUGCUAUGCAUGAAAAGAUGUCCAAUGACGGGACAGGAAGAUUUCUCAUCGAUGGGUUCCCGCGAAAGAUGGACCAGGCAGCAUUCUUUGAGUCCUCCGUUUGCCACAGCAGAUGCACGAUAUUUCUCGACUGCCCAGAAGACGUAAUGAAGGAGAGGCUCUUGAAUAGAGGCAAAACCAGCGGAAGGACUGAUGACAACGAGGAAUCUAUAAAGAAGAGGUUCAGGACGUUUGUAGAGACCAGCAUGCCAGUUGUGGAAUACUUUGAGAAGCAGGGGCGGGUGGUCAAAGUAUCUGCUGUGGGCACUGAGCAAGAAGUGUAUGAGCAUGUAGUGGAGGGACUGGCUGCUCAAGGCAUUGCACCACAGAAAUAG